AUGUUCUGCGACGAUAUUCAGAGCAUUAUUGGCAGUUCUCUGGUUAAUCUGUCAUGUAAUUAUAUAGGUCUAAAGUCUGAUCCGAAGAAGGGAGUCUAUCUUUAUGAAGUACGAUUCAAUCCUUCUGUUGAUUCAAUUUAUCUAAGAAUGAAGUACUUGAAUGAACACAGUAAACAAUUCGGAGGCAUUAAAACCUUUGAUGGAACAACCCUAUACUUGCCGAUUAUGUUAGAAAAGGAAUUGACAACUUUUAUUUCAAAAGGUCGUUCCAACGAAGAUAUCGAAAUUAGAAUUUUAUUUAAGAAAAGAGAGUCCCUUAAAAAUUGUAUACAAUUAUACAAUAUAUUAUUUGAUCGAAUCAUGAAAACCCUAAAUUAUGUUAAAUUCGAUAGAAAACAAUUCGAUCCCUCCCGUCCGAAAGUGAUUCCAACAGCCAAGCUCGAAGUUUGGCCAGGUUACGUAACUGCUGUCGAUGAAUACGACGGUGGUUUAAUGCUUUGCUGCGAUGUAUCCCAUCGUUUGCUUUGUCAAAAAACGGUAUUGGAUAUGCUAAUAGAGAUCUAUCAACACUGCAAAGCCAACUAUCAAGACAAAGCAAAAAAGUACUUAAUUGGAAGUGUAAUAAUAACACGUUAUAAUAAUCGGACGUACAGAAUUGACGAUAUAUGCUUUUCUCAAAAUCCGCAUUCAGAAUUUGAAACAAGAACUGGAUUUUGCAGUUAUAUUGACUACUACAAAAAUAACCAUAAUAUAACAAUUAAAGAUGGCAAACAGCCAUUACUCAUUAGUUUAAAGCAGUCAAGAAAAAAUGACACCUCGAAUAAAGGAAACGUACGAUUUUGCUUGAUUCCGGAACUUUGUUAUCUUACCGGACUCCACGAUGAAAUUCGGGCCGACAAAAAACUAAUGCGUGAGAUUGCAACUGUCACCAAUGUAACACCGAAUAAUCGUAUGCUAGCGCUGGAUAAAUACUUUAAAAAUGUCACAGAAAAUGAUGAGGCUCGAGAAAUCCUUGAAAACUGGGGAUUGUCACUACAUAAAAACUAUCAUAAUAUAGUCGGUCGGAAAAUAGAUUCCGUACAAAUUUAUUUCGGAAAACAUAGUAUUGCAGCCGGACAUAAUGCAGAAUUUUCCAAAGAUGCCGUAAGAAACGAAUUGCUGGAAGUUAUAAAUUUAAACAGUUGGGUCCUGAUUUAUCACAAAAAUGAUUUAAAAGCUGCUAAAUCAUUUUUACAUAAUAUGAAAAAUUGCAGUGAUGUCUUCGGAAUGAACAUAUGUAAGCCGAAUGUCAUUAUUUUAGAACAUGAUCGAAUAGACGCAUAUGUCGAUGCUUUACGUCGGAACAUUUGUACUAAAACUCAAAUAGUCGUAUGUAUAUGUCCUACUAGCAGAGAUGACAGAUAUAGUGUUAUUAAAAAAAUAUGCUGCUCUGAGAUACCAGUCGCUUCACAGGUAAUACAUAUGAAUAUGGUUAAUUCUGUUUAA